UUCUACUAUCGUUUAAUCGCUUGUUAAUUGUGUUACGUCAGUGGAACACCUAUAAGGUUUCUAACCUUAUUCAGUCCUCGUCAGUUUAGCGACAAAGUUUGUUGGUAGUGCAAGUGGUGAAAUUAUAUUUUAAAAAAUGGCAGAAGUUGUGACAGAAGGCCUAUCACUAGAUAAUCCACUUGUUCGUGUCUAUGCUUUCUAUUGCUCCAUACUUGUUUUGAAAAUGAUGUUUAUGUCUGUUUUUACCAGUAUGACCCGUGUGAAAACAAAGGCAUAUGCAAAUCCUGAAGAUGCCGCUAGGUUUAAACUCAAAGUAAAACAAGACGAUAAUGUCGAAAGAGUUAGGAGAGCUCACUUAAACGACCUCGAGAACAUCCCCAUCUUCUUCAUAGUGAGUUUGAUCUACAUUCUAACAAAUCCAUCAUACUUCCUUACAACUUGGCUCUUCAGGGCUUUCACUCUUGCCAGAAUUUCCCAUACUUUUGUUUACGCCGUCGUUGUCAUCCCUCAACCAGCCAGGGGUUUGUCAUGGGCGACGGGAUUCUUCAUAACUGGUUAUAUGGCGAUCCAGAACGUGAUUUAUUUCUUGGCUUAGCCAAAUAAGUUUAUACCCAUGUUUUGUAUGUCUUUUAUGUUGGUUUGUUUUUUUUAAUAAAAUAUAAGCACGUUAGUUAAGUGUUCUAUAGGCAGGAAACAUUUAGUGAAUAAAGGUACGUUUUAUAUUAUUAU